AUGGAUGCGGAAAGUUUAAACUGUUUGCUCAGCGGCGAGUACGGGCGGGUGAAGGAAGCGUUGGUGAAAUUCAACAAACAGAAUUCCCAGGUGUUCAACUUCACGCACUUUACCAGCACGGGCCAGUGGGUGCUCAUAUGGAACAAAUUGUUCGACUAUCUGGCGGACCCGUCCAUGCCGCACCGCGUCGAUUGUUUGAUGGCUAUCAAAGUGCUUGCCCGCGAUAAGACGUAUCUGAAUGAGACGGUUAGCGUGGAACAGCUCGAUGGGUUGCUGCUGUUGGCCGGUAUUGGACCCGCGGAUGGGUGUGACGCACCCGAGGAGGUGCAGGUGGAAGCCCUCAAAUGUCUCAGCAAUAUGAUAUUCCAAAGCACCAAGUGUCAGGAAAUGUGUCUCAACAAUGCUUCCACCGAGGGUAUCAUUAGGCGCGUGAAGAUGUACAAAGAGGCACCGUACGGAUACGAUAUCAAGUAUUUCGACAUGAAGCUGCUGUUUCUGCUGACAGCGAUCAAUUGUGAUAUACGAGCCAAAGUACGCGAUCAACUGCACGGACUGGUGUACCUGGUGGAAACGCUUGAUUUGUUCAUGAGCCAAGCGGCAAUAUUCAAAGAAUUCAGCGACAAAGAUCUAGAUCUAAUUAAUGAAGUGCUGAAGGUGUUAUUCAAUCUGACCGUGCGCUCAUCGAACAAUCUCGUCCCGGAGGAGGAAGAAGCAACGCAAUUCCAUCGUUUGGUAACCGUACUGCACGAUCUGUUCUUUUACCGUACACUGAACCGGGACAAGAUCGUCCUGCUACACUCGAACAUCGUUAACCUGCUCACAAGCGUCCCGGUAAGCUGCUACGUUGAGCUGGUUUCAUCGCUGACGGCAAAACACGACUGUUCGGGUGCGGGUGAUGGUAGCGAUCCUUACACUGUCGUACCGUUCGAAGGAAACAAUGUAUACGUACUGCACGUGUUGGUAGAAUUUAUGCGCAAAAACUUCCAAAAGGCGGAAAAGAAAUCUGACCAAUACGAGAUGCUGUCGCCGAUAUUGACCGUGCUGAUAAAGGCGGUUAGAGCGGAUGGUGGACAUCGCCGGUAUGUGAGAUCGAUCAUUUUGCCACCGUUGCGUGAUGUCCGUGAUCGGCCGGAGGUUGGCAAGGAGUUACGGAACUACCUGUGCUCAUUGCUGACCAGCCCGUGCACUCAAAUUGCCGAUCUGUCGGCGGAGCUGUUGUUCGUGCUGUGUAAGGAAAACGUUGGCCGAAUGAUCAAGUACACUGGGUACGGGAAUGCGGCAGGCCUUUUUGCCAACCGCGGACUGCUCGGUGGACGUACGGGAAAUGGUGGCGAACAGUACUCCUCGGACAGCGAGGAUAGUGAUACGGAGGAGUACAAGCAGAUACAGCACGCCAUCAAUCCGGUGAUCGGAUGCUACGAACCACCGAAACCGAACCCACUGGAAGGAAUGUCCGAGGAGCAGAAGGAGUACGAAGCGAUGGAGCUGGUGAAGUUGAUGGAGAAACUGCAGCGCCAGGGUUUGAUACAGCCGUGCAAAAUCGGUGAAGAUGGCCGACCGCAACCGGUUGACCAUAUAAUGGAGCUGCAGGAUGAAAUACCGGAGCAGCAACGAGAUCACAAGCGAAAAACCUAA